AUGGAGCUGAAAGCGCUGUUCAACAUGAAAACAUUACAAUCAAUAAUCGUAUUAACCGUCGUCUUAUUGAUGCAAAACUCACAAUGCUCCGAAGACAGAUAUAUACGCUACGUCAAAGACGCCUGCUUCAUCAAAGGUGAAGCGUUCUCCUGCGUCAAAUAUAAAGCCUUGAAAAUCGCUAAGAAAACUUUUUUUGGGGACUUAAAUAGCAAUGAAACUAUAAGAGCAAAUGCCAUUAUUAGUUUCGUACCGUUAGACGAAGAAACUAUUAAGAAUCUGACUGUUAAUGAGGAUGUAGAUCUAGUUGCAAAUGAACCGAGAAGUUUCUUGUCAGAAUGGACUGAAAUAGCUAAAUACUUUAUGAGCUUAGUUAAAGAGUUCUUUAAGAUAAAAGGACUGAGGGUCAAUUUGCCAGAAGGUGCUAGAACUAUUGAAGAACAAGACGUUGACAGCGGUCGUGGAAAGAAAAAGAAGUUAGCAAUUAUGAUCCCACUUCUUAAUCUUCUGGCGACACUCAAGACGAAAAUGCUGCUGAUUCCUAUACUUCUAGCAGUGAUGUUAAUUAAGAAGCUGUUGCUGGUAGCAGCGCUGUUGCUUCCAAGCUUACUUAGCACAUUAAAAGCUUGCAAGCAUCACCACCCGAUGACACACUAUUCCUACUUCGGCGGUGAUUCCUCCUCCGACUUCAACUCGGACUACGGUAGCAGUUACGCCUAUUCAUCCGGCGGGGGAUACGGCAAGGACUGGCCGUCGAACCGGGCAUACACAUUACCUAAACAUAGACCUACGUCGUCACCAGUAUACAUAACGGCCCCUGGGGCAACAGUUUAG